CUGUUAAGCGAGGCUCCAUCGCAAUGCUCCAGUUUUUGCGGCGCAGCAAAUUUUUAAAAAUUGGAUUUCCGUUUUUGCUUUUCGUCGUGGGAGGUUCAUUUGGCCUUGCCGAGUUCGCUGCUGUAGGAGUUGAUAGGAAAGAUGAGAAGACUAGGACUCUGACAUCAGAGGAAGUGCGACAACUACAAACUGGCAAACAGACAACCCUAGAAGAACUACAUCAGGAGCUACAAAAGAAACUAGACAUCAAUGAGUGGGAGAACGUUCGAGUACCAAGACCCUGGGAUGAAUAGUCAAACAUUAAUUUAUGUUUAUUCAACACAUUCAAAUUUCUGUUAAAUUUGUACAAAUUGAAAA